GGUCAGGAGGAGGGUCUCGAGCUCUCCACUCGUGACGAGGAGGAGGGUCUCGAGCUCUCCACCAGAGGUCCUCAUCUUCAAAACAAACAAAAUGGCGGCGAGCAUGAGAUGGGGUCUGCAGCAGAUGUUUCGGGGAAGAAAUAUUGCUCCUUUUAGGUUUCCAGUGAGGACCAGAAGCUCAUCAUACCUCUCCCAGUGCUCGACCCAGAUCUCCAGAAGAGUUCAGCCUCUGUUCAGGACAGGAUCCACACACUUCUCAAUAAGACACCUCUCCAUCCAGACUCAAGACACUCCAAACCCCAGAAGCUUGAAGUUCCUUCCUGGUAAAGCUGUCCUAGGAAGUGGGACGCUUGACUUUCCCUCUCCGAACUCAGCUGGAUCUUCAUCUUUAGCCAGGGACCUGUUUGAAAUCGAAGGAGUGAAAAGUGUGUUCUUUGGCCCUGACUUCAUCACAGUCACUAAAGCAGAUGAGGAUGUGGAAUGGACAGACAUUAAGCGCCAUGCUUUGGAGGCCAUUGCUAAGUUCUUUGAGAGUGGUGACCUGAUAACAACAGGGGAAGUGCACAAAGAAAGCAGUCUUUCUGAAGAUGAUGAUGAAAUUGUAUCUAUGAUAAAGGAGCUUCUGGACACCAGAAUCAGACCUACAGUGCAGGAGGAUGGAGGCGACGUCAUCUAUAAGGGGUUUGAGGACGGCACAGUCAAGCUGAAGCUGGUUGGUUCCUGCACAGGCUGUCCCAGUUCUACAGUUACCUUGAAGAACGGCAUUCAGAACAUGAUGCAGUUUUAUAUCCCAGAAGUAAACAACGUGGAACAGGUGGAAGAUGAAGUGGAUGAAAUCAAUGCAAAGGUUUUCUCUGAGCUGGAACGCAAAUUACAAGAAUAAGAAUGUCCUGUACCUACACACUCAUGGAUUGUUGGACACGUUGGAAGACAAAUAUAUUCCACUGUGUAAAAACACAGCCACGCAUAAUUUCCACUAGUAGAAUAAUUAUCAUUCUACAUCAUAAGAAUGAAAAGAGAAAAUUAUUACCUGCUAUUUUGUGUGCAUAUUAUAUUCUAUUAAGAUUUCACGCUGCAAUGUAUGUGUACAUACUGUAUGCCCCUGUUACCAAGAAAAGGAGAUACAGGAAUAUAUACCUGUAUACAGAAAAUACUGUCAUUCUUUUAACCAGUCAAGAUGUUCUGCUGUGAAGACUGUAAAUGUUGUGAUGUAUUUAUUUCUUAUAAAUAUUUUAUAUUUUGAAAGAAUAUUUUCAUAGGUUGGAGAUAUUGUGGAAGUUAUGGUUAGUUGAGCGGUUAUGGUCAUGCAGAAUGAAGAUUUGAUUAGAUAUUUCCGUUGUUGCCGCCAUAUACCAACUGAAACCUCAGUGAACCAUUUUUGCUUGUUAAUGCAUCAUCUAUAAAUGAAAUAAAAUGUUAUUUAGGCUACAAUUAUUCAUAAAGCAGAAGAAGGAUUGCUGUGUUACUAACUACAGUCUAAGACUUGUAUGCUAUAUUUGUGCUUUGUGCUCCAUUCUUUGGAUUUACUGUAUCACCGUAUCAAACAAAGUUCCCAGUUUGAAAGCAAA